CUCUUCCCUUCCGCUAACGGCUGAUUUCCUUCGCCCAUCGACUUCCAUUAAUCGCCCCUUCCGCUUCGAUCCGUUCCUCGUCUUCGGCUACAAAUUACUCAUUAAUCGCCGGUUGAUUUGCUUCCAAUAACCUCCAUUUCGUUUCUCCCCUUCAUCGCCCUCUAAAACUGCCUCCAAAAAGAAAUCUCUUUCAAAUCUUGGCACUGUUUUGGCACUCUUCUGUUAGCAUCCAGUUUUGUAUUUUAGUACUUCUGGAGUUCGUGGGCGGCUGCUGAUCUUAGAAAUCUUGUAGUUUUGGGGAUUCGGCGUAGAGGAAAAAUCGUUUUUUUUUAUCAGGAUGAUCGGGAAAAAGAGCGUGGGCAAGACGUCUCUAUUGUUCUUGCUGCUGCUAGGGUUCGGGGUUUUCAUCGCUACCUAUAACCUCGUCACGAUGGUGCUUCACAACCAGCGGCGGGAGUCGAGGCUCGGGGUUCCUGGUGCGGAUCCGGUCAUUGGGAUGCCAACUGAUAGGAGGAGAUUGGGCCGGCAGACGCGGCCGUUUCACGUGGCGGUCACUGCGACCUCCGCGGCGUACAGUAGGUGGCAGUGUCGUGUGAUGUACUACUGGUACAAGAAGAUGAAGGACGUUGAGGGGUCAGAGAUGGGAGGGUUCACGAGGGUGCUGCACUCCGGGGAGCCGGACAAUCUAAUGGAUGAGAUCCCGACCUUUGUUGUGGAUCCCCUCCCUGCCGGUGCGGAUCGGGGGUACAUUGUCCUAAACAGACCUUGGGCCUUUGUUCAAUGGUUGGAGAAAGCAACUAUUCCAGAGGAGUAUAUAUUAAUGGCCGAACCCGAUCAUGUUUUUAUCAAACCAUUGCCAAACUUGGCUAGUGACAAUCAUCCUGCAGGCUUCCAUUUCUUCUAUAUUAAACCAACAGAACAUGUACAGAUAGUAAGGAAGUUUUUUCCAGAAAAGAAGGGUCCUUUGACUAAUAUUGAUCCCACUGGCAAUUCCCCUGUGAUAAUUAAAAAGUCUGAGCUUGAGAAGAUUGCUCCCACUUGGAUGAAUGUUUCUUUGAGUAUGAAAGAGGAUCCAGAGACUGACAAAGCUUUUGGAUGGGUGUUGGAAAUGUAUGCUUACGCUAUUGCAAGUGCCUUACAUGGUGUGCAACAUAUUCUUCGUAAAGAUUUCAUGAUACAACCCCCUUGGGACUUGAAGUUAGGAAACGCUCACAUCAUUCAUUUCACAUAUGGAUGUGACUAUUCCUUGAAGGGCGAACUAACUUAUGGUAAAAUUGGAGAAUGGCGCUUUGACAAAAGAACCUAUCUUCGUGGUCCACCACCAAGGAACCUAAGUUUACCCCCUCCAGGAGUACCUGAAAGUGUGGUAACACUAGUAAAGAUGGUCAACGAAGCCUCAGCUAACAUCCCUGGGUGGGAUGAUGGAAGGUAGCUGAAUUUUGGAAGCCUCACAGCUGAAGGAAAUUAGUUCUAGUUUUGACGAGUACAGAAAGGAAAGCAUAAACACGUAGGACUCACAAGGGAUGAAACUUUGAAGGCAGAAGCAUGAUAGAUCAAUACCUCGAGGGUUCCAAACAAUGUAUUCUUACAAUGACGUUGACCCCGCAGCUGAUUGUUGGUGCAUUCUUUUUCUUCCUCGAAGACACUUGAUUAUUUCCCAAAAACUAUAAAUGUAAUGACUGGAAUAUCUCCUGCACUAGAUAAGUCAUAAACCAUUUUGAUACAUUGUACCUGUUUGAAUUACACCCAAUUUGAGGAGAUACAUAAAAGAGAACUUUUGAUGACUU